UUUUUGAAAUAUCACCUCUAGGAAGGACAUGUAUUAACUUCCGUUCUCUCUUCUCCAAAUGUGAAGACAACAUUUUGAAGGCAAAACUGCUCUGAGGGAACAGAACAUAUUGAAUGCUGCAGUUCAACUCUAAAGAUUUUGCUUUGAAAGGAAUCUAGUAGGAAGCAAACAAUCCAGAUUUCUUGGGGACAUCUGCAAACUUCGACUCAUAUGAAAAAUCUCUACAGACAGCCGUCUGUCUUCAAACCCAUCACCUUGUAGUAUGUACGAGGACAAUGGAUGUGACAACAGGAGUAAUGGAGCCUAGUUUCAUCAAAGUUUUCCCAGGGUCUCUUGCGGUUCAUCAGUCACAACAAGAAGAGGACAUUCCUCCAGGAGAAAAGAGGAAAUACAUAAGCCCAAGUUGCCGGAAUGACCCUAAACUAGAAGUUCUGCAAACAUUCUUAAUAGACUGGAUUAACAGAACUUUGAAACAUGAACACAUUGUUGUGAGAAGCCUAGAACAAGAUCUAUAUGAUGGAUUAGUACUUCACCAUCUCUUAGAGAACCUUGGAUCUGUCACUCUGGAAGUGGAGAAGAUUGCAUUGACAGAAAAGAAGCAAUGGCUCAAACUUACAAUUAUCCUGGAAACUGUGAGCCAGCUCUUGCAUCUAGAAGAAAAUGAAUUGAAAUGGAGUGUGGAUGCCAUCUUUAAGAAGGACUUAUUGAGCACCUUGCAUCUUCUAGUAGCCAUUGCUGAGCACUUCCAGCCAGACCUUGCCAUACCUCCAAACGUUAAAGUGGAUAUCAUGAAUGUAGAGUACACGGCACAUGGAUUAAAGACAGAAAAUGCAGUAGAGUUCAUAACCAAGAGCAGGGAAACUGAAGAAAGUUCUUUCAAUGCUGAAAUCUUUGAUGAAUUAUUGAAACGUGCUCCAGAGAAACUAGAUGCUGUAAAAGAGGUACUUUUGAAGUUCGUUAACAAGCAUGUUGGAAAAUUAGGACUAAGUGUGAACGAUGUUGGUUCUCAGUUUGCAGAUGGAGUGAUUUUACUCUUGCUAAUUGGGCAGCUCCAGGGCUACUUCCUGAAUUUGGGAGAUUUCUUUCUGAACCCAAGUUCUGUUUCAGAAAUGGUGCACAAUGUUAACCUUGCAGUAGAGUUGCUGAUAGAUGACGGCCUUCUAGAUACUCCCAUCAAUCCUGAAGAUGUGGUGAACCGAGAUUUGAAUGCCACAUUGCUCAUCUUAUACUGCCUGUUCUCCAGGCACAAGACCAAAGGGACAUGAAAAGCAAAAUUAAAAAGUCCUGUCAGACUUAUUUUUGCUAGUUAAUAGUCUGCUUUUCAGCAUCAAUUAUGUUUGGGAAGUUUGCAUCGGUAGGCACCAGUUAUAGGUACAUGCAUGUGUAAACCUGGAUAUGGAUGUGGUUCAGUUUAUAUGUUUCACUGGCUGAAAAUCUGUCCUGCAGUUAUGUAAACUGUAUAACCUGAGUGAAUGAAUUGCCAUAAGUUAAGAAAUCAUAAACAUUAUCUGUUGCAUACUGGAGGGCACGACUUGGCAUGCAGCAGAUCAUGCCUAUGGAGAUUUCUUAACUUGUGCUCGCUUCGCCAGCCCAUAAACUAAAACUGGAAUGAUACAAAGAUUUCUUAACUUGUGGCAAUUCAUAUCUAAAAAUCAUGCCAUUGUGUAAACUGUGUAAGAGGAUUAAGGACGUUGUCAGAAAUAGAAACUAGGUAAAUGCUGGCACCAAUAAAUAAUUUCUGUGCCUGUAAGAGAAUUGUUGAAUAUUAUAUGUGAUAUUCUGGCAUUUUAUGUGGCCAUAUCCCCAUAACUAUACGUAAUUAAAAUUUACAGGUCAACAUCCUGUUGCUUAGCAUAGUAAAUCACACUGCAGGAGGCCUAUUGAAUUAAUGGGGUUUUGGUGAGUCAACUCCUCCAUAAGUUCUAUUGAUUCAAAUGGGCCUACUUUAGCUGCAGCUUACUACCUUAAUGCGAUUACUAUGAGAUUUACUGUACUAAACAACAGGAUUUUGGCCACAGUCAUGCCAUAAAAGGAAUGAAGUUAUUCCUUAUAAUGUUAUAAUUGUAAGGUAAUAUCUUAUAGUUAUAUUUUCUUUAUUGGAAAAGGAUUAAUUACAACUGCUUAUUUGUAACUAGUUACCUCAGAUCUGAGAAGGACUAACUUUUGCAGUAAAUGCAUUGCUAUUAAAGAAAAAAAUGCAACAAAUAUAGGAUAAGAAUAUUGUGAUAAUCUCCCUUUCUGAAUAUUUUGGAUGGUCUACUAAGGUAUUCUAUGUCAGUGCCUUGAUACGAUUUGAGAAUACAGUAUUUGUAUGAUGGACUAAGUUAGAAAAGUAUUUUAAAAGGGGGGGAAAGGUUUUGUUUUAAAACUAGCCCGACUUCCUUUAUUCUGUGCGUUUGACCUUUAAUCAGAUUCACUGCCUGAGUAUUAAUGGAAAAUUUAAGAAUUCACAGGCUUUUUGAUUGCUGACAUUUAGAGCUGAGGAUUUGUUAUGGCUAGAGCUUGAUCAGAUCAUUGAGAAGAACUGCUUAAAUGGCAGGAUUGAUUAUGAAGCCUUUUAGUUCUGUCUUCCAAAAACUCUAACCGUUUUAAAAUGCAGUAAAAUAUUCAACAUAA